CAGAAAAAUAAUUAUGAAUAUCGGGAUGUUAUUAAGCUCAUCUAACUAAACUUGGUUCAAAAUAAUAAUUAUAAAAAAGGGUCGAAAACAAUCCGUUAAAGCAAAUAACCAAAAAAAAAACAACUCACUUUCCAUUUACAUGAUGAUUUUCACAUGAUGCAAAUUUACAAAGUUUUAUAACAUCAUUGCUACUACAUUUGUCAUUGCCACAUCAUCACCCAACUCAUCUUGAUGGAAUAUUACUCUUGAGAUGCUCUCAUGGUGAGAACAAACUCGGAAGCUUGCAAUGGAAAGAGGCAAACUUCCGAAAUGGUCCCCCAAAGUUGAGUUUUUUGACUUUUUAUCGAAACCAAACAGCGUUGACCCAUUCACCAUGGUCAAGGUAAGGUUUGAAAGGUCUUUGGAAUAGUCUGGUUCUGGUCUAGUCGGCCUCUCCGGCGCGGCGAAUGCCAACUUUCCCACCCACGUGACGGAAAACACAUGCCAACUAGCAGUUUAUUAAUCCCCUAGUGGCCCAGUGGGGCUGCCGAUUGACUCGAAGCUGGACCCGUCCAACUUGUUGGGCUCCCGCUAGCCCAUUAAGCAAGGCCCCAUUCGAGCUGCAACUUCUAGGCCCAAACGGAAUUGCCGUUUUCUUCGAUCUAACUCUAUCUAGCAUCAACUAUCCGAUUGAAACAAGAUCCCCGAAAUCUGAAACCCUAGCCGCCGAAUUUCAAUCCCUAGAUUUUGCUACCGACACUCUUCUUCCUAAUUCUCUUGUCUUCUUCUUCUUCUUCUUCCGUUCGCCUGUUGUAAGCUGCGAUGGCGAAGAAGCGAAAGCUUGACGCUUCGAAAGGCGCUGCAUCGUCGGGGCCGCCCAAGAAACAACAACAGCAGCAGCAACAACAGCUGCAGCUGCAGAAGCUGCAAGAAGAAGAGGCGAAGAAGGUUAAGGUAGAAGUAGAGGAGGAGGUGGCCGAAGAAGUGGAGGAGGAGGUGGAAGAAGUGGAGGAGGAGGUGGAGGAAGAGGAAGAAGAAGUGGAAGAGGAGGAGGACGGCGGCGAAGAUGCGAACGAAGGGGAUAAGCAGAUCGGUUCUUCUUCUGCGGCGGCGUCGGCGGCUCCGGAUGACGACGACGACGAGGAGCCGAUUGAGAAGCUUCUCGAACCGUUCAGCAAGGAUCAGCUCGCUAAUUUGCUCCGCGAUGCUGCGGGGAUCCACCGCGAUGUGGCGGAUCGCAUACGGAGGAUAGCCGAUGAGGAUCCUGUUCACCGCAAGAUCUUUGUUCACGGGCUGGGCUGGGACACCACCGCCGAGACCCUGAUUGCAGCCUUCAAGCAGUAUGGAGAGAUCGAGGAUUGCAAGGCGGUGACGGACAAGGUUUCUGGGAAAUCCAAGGGCUAUGGUUUUAUUCUCUUCAAGAGGCGGAGUGGAGCUCGGAAGGCGCUGAGGGAACCACAGAAAAAGAUCGGCAACCGGAUGACUGCUUGUCAGCUUGCCUCCAUCGGUCCUGUGCAGGCGCCGGCCCCUGUGGUUCCUGUUGCGCAGCAAGCUUCGGAAUACACUCAAAGGAAGAUUUAUGUGAGUAACGUUGGCGCAGAUCUGGAUCCACAUAAGCUGACCAGCUUCUUUGCCAAGUUUGGGGAGAUUGAAGAAGGGCCACUGGGGCUUGACAAGAUGACUGGUAAGCCUAAGGGUUUCUGUUUGUUUGUGUACAGAAGCCCUGAAAGUGCUAAGAGGGCUCUUGAGGAGCCACAUAAGAACUUCGAGGGUCAUAUUUUGCACUGCCAGAAAGCUAUUGAUGGGCCUAAACCUGGAAAAGCUCCACAACAGCGCCAGCAACACCAUCAUGCGCAGAGCUCUCAUUAUCCGAGGAAUGAUCCAUCUCCAUAUGUUGGUGGGGCGCCUAGUCACAUGAUGGUACCCACAACUGGAGCUGGAAUUGGAUUCAACCACGGUGCUGCUGCGGCUCAAGCACUGAACCCUGCUCUUGGCCAGGCGAUAACGGCUUUGCUUGCAACCCAAGGUGCUGGCUUGGGUUUGACUAAUGUGCUGGGAACUCUGGGUACUGCUGCAGUCAAUCAAGGUGGUGUGCCAUCUUCUGGAAUCCAGAGUGCAUACAGUAACCAGCCAAGUAUAAGCCCGGGAGUGAUGGGCUAUGCAAACCAGGGGAUGCCUGGUGGCUAUGCAAGCCAACAGAUGGGUCAGGGUGGUCCUGGUAGAGGACAACAUCCGCAAUACGGUGGUGCAGCCCCUUAUAUGAAUCACUAGGUCUUUCAGGUAUGAACAUCGUGUUGAAUUCCUUUUAUUUUGUUCAAUUGUUGACCUAUAAUAGAUAGUUCAUUGACAGCAGCAUAAAAACAUAUAUAUUCAAUUGAAAUGGUAUAAGAUUUUCUUGACCAGACGUUAGCAUGAAUAGACACUAACCUGCUGUAGCGUUUGCAUAAAUAGACACUAACAUUGCUGUAUCGUUAGCAAUUGGUCAUUAGGCUGGACUUUCAAGAAGUAUUCUAGGCUACUAUUUUUUGUUCUCUUAUGGUGGCGCAUAUCAGGAAAUUUGAAUAAUGUAGUUUGCUUCAAAUAGUCAUCAAGCUGCUUUUUAGUGUUUCUGGUUCAUUGCCAAGCAACUCCAUAAAAAGGUUUAAGUUGGCUGCUUUUUAAAUUUGUUUUUAUUGCUUCAGUUACAUUGAUUAUUCCUGAUCCAUUGCCUUUCAAGUUAUUGAAGAACUGUUUUAUGUUCUUGAGAUAAUAAAGGUCAGCCAGUCACUGUACUUAUACUCCAGCUCUUAACUAGCUCUGUCACAAUUCUUCAACCAUUUCUUUUAAGGAUUUUGUGUCUGAAAUAAUUUCUUCUUUGAAAUUGCUUUUUAUGCUUCUCAUUCAUUUUGCAGAUCCUAAUAGGUGCCUCAGUGUUUUAGAUACUGGCUUGGUGAUUCUUCUGAAGUUUAUGGAGCUUAUGCAAAUGAAGUUUAUAAAUGUGGUCAAAUGUUACUAUUUGGUUACUACAAAGGCCAGAUCUUAAAAAAAGUCAAAUGAGGUUUAUUUUCAUUUUCUUGGUUUUUUUCCUUGUGCUGUUGGCACUUAUUUAAAAGUAUUGUAUGAUCAGUAUGGGUAUUUGCUUUUAAAGCUUUGCGAACAGUUUGAUGACUUUCAUCCCAGAUAUAUGUACCUUAUGGAGUCAGCAAGGCUGAACUGAAAACCUUUUGAAAGCUCUUAUCAUUAUGGACAAAUUAGUGCUUUCUCGUUUUAUAAUCGCUCGGCUCUCUUUUUUAAUGGUAUAUGUAUCAUAUGAAAUUGCAAGUCAUGUACUGUGUGUGGUGUCCGACCAGUUGUGAUGUGAUCUCUUUUUUGAGUUUUUCUGUUCGUGCUUUACUUGUAAUAUUGCCACAAGUGACUGUUAUUGCAGGUUGAGCAAGCCUGGAUGUUUCUU